UUAAUUUGGAAUACACGCAGUUCUUUCUAGAAGCAAUGAAAUACCUGUAGCUGAAAAGCGCGAAUAUCCGCAGUUUGAGUAUACGUAUCACGGAGUAUUUGACAAGGAUUCAUCUCUCUCUAGAGAUCGAGAAAGUCAUUGACCGAGCGAAGGCAACAGAAUUGCGGGCUACAAUACUGCCAGUCAUCUGGACUCGUAAAGUCCAUAUUUUUAUUUCGAGAUUGUGUUUUUAUCACCUCAAUGAGUGAAACCAGUUUAGCCAAAGAAACUCCAGAAUCUGGAGAAAGUGGUUUACCCAACGGAGAAGAAUUUGGAGCUGAAAAUGGAGAAAUUUAUUCCCAGGAAAAUGUUAGGGAUAAUAAACGAAUUAGGGAUUCAAUUGAUAGGAUCAGUGCAUUACCAGAUUGUUUACUUGUUCACAUCAUAUCUUUUUUGGCUGUGAAGACAGCUGCUGCUACGAGUAUUUUGGGGAAAAGAUGGCAGUUUCUUUGGUCUGAAUUGCGGAGCCUUGAAUUCAAAUUUUAUGAUUGGGGUAAGAGUAAGGAAACUAAGAAUACAAUUGAAUUUGUGGCGUGGGUUAAUAGGAUCAUUGCUACUCGUCGUGGAAAUUACCUUGAGAAGAUGAUUGUUGAUUUCAAGUAUGAGGAUUGCUUUGCUCCAGAUGUUGAUAGCUGGUUCGAGUUUGCCUUGAAAAAUAAGGUGAAAGAAAUCACUUUUAGCAGAUGCUACAGCAAAGAUUUCUACAUUCUUCGUGAAUUGAUGUAUUCGAAUUCAUCCUUGACAUCAUUGUCUUUGGAAGGUUGCAUUUUUUAUCCUGAAAGAUCAAUUAAGUGGUCAUCUUUGACUAAAUUAAACAUAUCGGAAGUGAAUUUACCUCAGUCUGUAGUUGAAAAGAUAUUAUCGGGCUGUCCUGUUUUGACCUCCUUGGAUCUGAGUGAGUGUUGGGGAUUCACGGUUUUGGAGAUCAACUCUCGAAAUCUAUGUGAACUGCGGGUAAAGGACCCUGAAAAUAAAGAAAGUGGGGGUCUCCUGCAAAUUUCAGCACCAUACAUAAAAUAUUUAAAUCUUUGGUUUUAUGCUGUAGGAAGACAGAUAAAGUUCAAAGACAUCUCAUCUCUUAUCAGUGCCGAUAUUGAUUUUAGUGAACCCAUUUUAGAUUUGAUAAUCCCCGAGGAUGUGCUGAGUAAUACCAAGGAAAUAUUCGAAAAGAUUCACCAUGUUAAGGAGCUUGAACUGGGUUCUGAACCGCUUAAGGCUCUAGCUGCACUGGUGCUUAAUGGUUGGCAUCUUCCAAAAUAUAAGCUAAGGUGUUUAGAAAUAGAUAUGAUAUGUGAAGCUGGGCAAACAAUUCCUGGCAUUUUUGAAGUGCUGGAAUCUUCUCCCGACAUUGAGACAUUGGUCCUGCAUUGUUAUGACCCCGAUCUGUUGGACCAUAACUGGACCCCACCUACAAAGGAGAAUUUGGUUUGUGACUUGUUACAUUUGAAGACGAUCAGAAUGUCUAGGUUGGCAGAUCCAAAACUUGCUGGUGACCCACUGCUUACGUUGGCUCGAAUCCUUCUUAAGAGUACACCAGUAUUGGAAGAGAUGGAGAUUUCUCUUCAUAUUAAAGAUACAAAUGUCUUUGUCAAGAUAGGUCAAACCUUGCUCAACUACUCUAGAUCUUCACCAAAGGCUGUCAUCGAUCUCUAUUAAAUUGUUGGCUUUUAUGUGUUCAUUCUCUCAACUGUGUAAACAUUUACUACAACUUUGUAAUAGGGGUAUUUGUCAGACUUAACACUAAAAUUGGCUGAAUUGACUGAUUGUAUUGAAAUAUAUGAAGUUCUGGCCGAAGUGAUUGCAUUGGCUGAUUCUCUACAGUAACUUGAGC